UGUUUUACUUACGUACAGCAAACUACACAAAACUAUUAAAAAUAACGUAAUCAACCUGUAUUUUCCACAGGGUACGUAUUUUGAUUCAUCAUCGAACAGCUUAUUGAUUGCCAAUUAUGGUGCUAACAUUGUUGUUCGUUGGGUAUUGGGUGCUAGUAGUUGGACAAUUAUUGCUGGCAGUAGUAGUGAAGCAAGUGGUAGUACAUCGAUACUUCUAUCCUUACCGGCAGAUGUCACACUUGACUCGUUGGGUAAUGUUUACGUUGCUGAUAACAGCAAUGAGCGUGUACAAUUGUUCUUGUCCGGUACAUCGAAUGGCACAACUAUUGCUGGUACCAAACUUACAGCGGGUAAUACUGCUAAUCUGCUUAAUGGAUCCUAUUCAAUAGUUGUUGACAGUCAAUUUAAUUUAUAUGUAUCAGACCAAUAG